AUGGUUAUCCACCGCAUUUCUCCUCACAUCCACCAGUUUCCAACCCAUUUUCGGACGUCUCUCCGAUGCCAUGGGAAGAAAACCUCCAUAUAUUUUCUCUAUGAUUUUGUUUUUGGUAUCGACGAUUGGUGUGCUCUUGCUCAAAGUAUGACGAGUUUCAUCAUCGCGAGAGCGGUUUGUGGAUUGGGUGCGGGGGGUGUCAUGUCCAUGGGAUCGAUUAUCACCAGUGAUCUCAUACCCAUCGAGAUCCGCGGAGCGUAUCAAUCAUAUCUGAAUAUUGUUUUUGGGAUUGGAGCAGCUUCGGGGGCGGCACUAGGUGGUUGCGAUGGCGGAUUCAUCUUGGAUGGAGAUGGGAAUUUGGGGUUCAGGGGGAAGAAAACGUUGAAGGAGGCUUUGAGUGUUUUUGAUUAUAAAGGUUCGUUGUUACUAAUGGCCACUAUUACUUUCUUCAUACUCGCAAUUAAUCUCGGUGGUAAUAUCUACCCCUGGACACACCCCCUCAUUCUCACCUGUAUAAUCCUCACUAUCAUUGGUCUCCCCCUAUUCAUCAUAACCGAAUACUAUGCCUCCCAACCCGUCAUGCCCCUCUCCCUCAUAACCCACAAUCCCCGCGGUUCCCUCAUCAUCGGCAACGCCCUCGGCGCCAUCGUAAUCAACGCAGUCCUCUUCAACAUCCCCCUCUAUUUCCAAGCCGUCCUCCUCGAAUCCCCCACCGCAUCCGGUCUCCGUCUCAUCAUCCCCUCCAUCGCCGCCAGCGCAAUCGGUACCCUCACCGGAUUCCUCAUCACCUGGACGCGCAACCUCAAAACCCCCUUGGUCCUCGGUGUCUCUCUUUAUGUCAUCGGAACUAUAGGACUAGUAGCUAUGAAUCGCUCAUUGCCAAAUUGGGUAUACGUAUUACUAUUGAUUCCAUCGAGCAUGGGACAAGGAUUCCAAAUGCCGGGAAGUUUCAUGAGUGUUCUGGCCGUGAGCGAACAGGGGGAACAAGCGGUUGUCACGACGACAUUGGUUUUGUGGAGGAGCAUGGGACAGGUUUUGGGGGUGGCGGUCAGUUCGCUGAUUGUGCAGAAUUCGUUGGUGGGAUUCUUGAAUACGAAUGUUGUGGGACCGGAUAAGGAGAAGGUCAUCGAAGCAGUCCGCUCCUCAGUCCAAGCAGUAGCAGGUCUAGAACCCCACUACAGAGACCAAGUCAUCGAUUCCUACGCCGAAGCACUAAAAGCCGCGUAUGUAUUUGCGUUGGUGGUAGGUAUUCUGUCUUUUGCUAUAACGAUAGGGAUUAAAUUGCCGAAACUUGGGUUUAGAAAGUAAGGAGAAAAGAGCAAGGAAGAAGGAGUUGUGAGAAACAUAAGGGAAAGAAGUCUUUUGAGGAGGUAGAUGAAAAUGAUGUUAUGGUAUAUAGGUGGAAUGAAUGACACAGUAUGGAUAAAAUUGUAUGUUUGAGUAUAAGCCUAGCAUGGUAUGAUUUAAUUUUGCGAUUGGGAAGGAAGGAAGGAAGGAAAGGGGAAAGGAAAAAUU